AUGACAGCCACCACUACAACACAAUUCAAUGCGCUUCUAUUAGAUAUUGAAGGCACUAUUACCAGUAUUUCCUUUGUCAAGGACGAGUUAUUCCCUUACGCGUUCGAGAAUGUUGGAAAAUAUCUGGAAGAGCACUACCACAAACCGGCUACUCAAAUAAUUCUUGAAGAUCUCCGACUCGUGGCCGAGCAACAAGCCCAAAAUGAUUUGGCCGUUGUGAGAAUCCGUGAGCCGAAAAAAGAAUGCAUUGAAGAUGUGACAAAAAAUGUGCGACAUUGGAUCAAACGAGACAAGAAGUUGACACCAAUGAAGGCUCUCCAGGGACUAAUUUGGGAGGAAGCAUACCAGAAAGGAGAAGUCAAAGGACAUGUGUAUCCCGAUGUUCUCCCAAUUCUCAAAAUUGUUGAGAAUAGAAAGAUUCCCAUCUACAUUUAUUCCUCUGGUUCUGUUCAUGCACAGAAACUCUUGUUCGCAAAUUCUGUUGAAGGAGAUAUGACGAAGAUUCUAUAUGGCUACUUUGACACCAACAUUGGUUUGAAAGGCGAGAGUGCUUCAUAUACAAAAAUCAGUGCUGAGAUCGGAGUGCCCGAGAAAGAUAUUCUUUUCUUGACUGACGUUGAAGCGGAAGCAGCUGCAGCGAACAAGGCGGGACUCCAGACACGAUUGGUUAUCCGUCCAGGCAACGCAAGUCUCACCCAAGAAGCUAAAAAUGCGUAUGGAACCAUCGAAUCAUUGGAAGAAAUUCUGUAA